UUAAUUCCCUUUGUUUUUACCACACAAUAUACACACAAUAUAAUACAAGCACACUGAGUUGGCUUGUCGUCUCUCUCUCUGACUGGAGGCUCUGUGUCUGCUUUUAUGCCUGCUCUCCUCGUGCUCACUGGAAUUAGAGACAGGUGUUAGGCAUAAUUUAGCUCAGGUGUAAGCGCCCUUACCGCUUUCCUCUCCCGGACGGGCGCUUGACCAUGCCCCCGCUGCCACACAGAGAAAAGGCAUUUGAAUAUGAUAACUGUUGUAAAGCAUUUUUUGAGGAUUCAGACCUAAGAAAACACCUGAAAACUCACACAAAUGAGAAGCCUUACAAGUGUUCUUUUUGUGGGAAAUGUUUUGCACACCUGUCCUAUUUGAAAAAGCACCAGAAAAUUCAUACCUUUGCCGGAGUUCAUAUGUCCAUUGAAUGUGGGAAGACCUUUACUACAGCCAGCAGCAUGAAACAGCACCAAAUAAUUCAUACUGGAGAGAAACCUUACAAGUGCUCACACUGUAAAAGGAGUUUCACUUGGUCAUAUCACCUGAAAUCACAUGAGAGAAUUCAUACUGGAGAAAAACCUUACAAGUGCAUACAAUGUGGAAAGAGUUUCACUCAGUCAUAUAAUCUGAAAACACACGAGAGAAUUCAUACUGGAGAAAAACCUUACAAGUGUUCACACUGUAGAAAGAGUUCCACUCGGUUACAAGACCUAAAAACACAUGAGAGAAUUCAUACUGGAGAAAAACCUUACAAGUGCUCACACUGUGGAAAGUGUUUCACUUAUUCUCAAGACCUGAAAAAAACACGAGAGAAUCCAUACUGGAGAAAAACCUUACAAGUGCUCACACUGUGGAAAGAGUUCCACUCGGUUACAAGACCUGAAAACACAUGAGAGAAUUCAUACUGGAGAAAAACCUUACAAUUGCUCUCACUGUGAAAAGAGUUUCACUGAAUCACAUAUCCUGAAAACACACGAGAAUCCAUACUGGAGAUAAACUUUACAAGUGCUCGCACUGUGAAAAGAGUUUCACUCAGACACAUUACCUGAAAACACAUGAGAGAAUUCAUACUGGAGAAAAACCUUACAAGUGCUCACACUGUGGAAAGUGUGUCACUUAUUCUCAAGACCUGAAAAAAACACGAGAGAAUCCAUACUGGAGAAAAACCUUACAAGUGCUCACACUGUGAAAAGAGUUUCACUUAUUCACAACACCUGAAAAAACACAAGAGAAUCCAUACUGGAGGAAAACCUUACAAGUGCUCACACUGUGAAAAGAGUUUCACUUAUUCACAACACCUGAAAAAACACAAGAGAAUCCAUACUGGAGGAAAACGUAUGACUGCUCUUAAUUUGGGAAAAGUUUUAACAAAGCAAGUAAUCUACGUAGACAUGUAAAAAAAAGUAUUGCGUUAAGUAAAUUGUGGUAAAUUCAGUUAGGAUCACUACUUAUUUCAGCUUUUAUUUCUUUCAUCACAUUCCAAUGGGUCAGAAGUCUACAUAUACUUUGUUAGUAUUUGGUAGCAUUGGCUUUAAAUUGUUUAACUUGGGUCAAAUGUUUUGAGUAUCCUUCCAUAAGCUUAUCACAAUAAGUUGCUGGAAUUUUGGUCCAUUCCUCCAGACAGAACUGGUGUAACUGAGUCGGGUUUGUAGGCCUCCUUUCUUGCAUACACUUUUUCAGUUCUGCCGCCGGAUUGAGGUCAUGGCUUUAUGAUGGUCACUCCAGGAGAAGGGACUUAGUAAGGGAGGUGACCAAGAACCCAAUUGUCACUCUGAUAGAGCUCCAGCGUUUCUCUGUGGAGAGAGGAGAACCUUCCAGAAGAACACCCAUCUCUGCGGCACUCCACCAAUCAGGCCUGUAUGGUAGAUUGGCCAGACGGAAGUAAAUGGCACAUGACAGCCCUACUGGAGUUUGCCAAAAAGCACUUGAAGGACUCUCAGACCAUGAGAAACAAAAUUCUCUGGUCUGAUGAAACAAAGAUUGAACUCUUUGCAAGCGUCAUGUCUGGAAGAAACCAAGCACUGCUCAUCACCUGGCCAAUACCAUCCCUAAAGUGAAGCAUGGUGGUGGCAGCAUCAUGCUGUGGGGAUGUUUUUCAGCGGCAGGAACUGGGAGACUAGUCAGGAUCAAGAGAAAGAUGAACGCAGCAAUGUACAGAGACAUCCUUGAUGAAAACCUGCUCCAGAGCGCUCUGAACCUCAGACUAGGGCGAAGGGUCAUUAUCCUGUUGGAAGAUGAACCUAAGCACACAGCCAAGAUAACAAAGGAGUGGCUAUGGGACAACUCUGUGAAUGUCCUUGAGUGGCCCAGCCAGAGCCCAGACUUGAACCCGAUUGAACAUCUCUGGAGAGAUCUGAAAAUGGCUGUGCACCGACGCUCCCCAUCCAACCUGAUGGAGCUUGAGAGGUCCUGCAACGAAGAAUGGGAGAAACUUCCCAAAAAUAUGUGUGCCACGCUUGUAGCAUCAUACACAAAAAGACUUGAGGAUGUAAUUGGUGCCAAAGGUGCUUCAACAAAGUAUUGAGCAAAGGCUGUGAAUACUUAUGUACAUGAGAUUUUUUUCGUUUUUUAUUUUUUAUAAAUUUGCAAAGAUUUCAAACAAACUUCUUUCACGUUGUCAUUAUGGGGGUAUUGUUUGUAGAAUUUUGAGGAAAUUAAUAAAUGUAAUCCACAAAUGUAAUGCUUAAAGGUACAGUUAAUUUAAUGCAUUUAAACUUCUGACCCACUGGAAAUUUGAUACAGUCAAUUAAAAGGGAAACAGUCUGUCUGCAAACAAAUGUUGGAAAAAUGACUUGUCAUCCACAAUGUAAUUUGCAAAUUAACACCUAUGCAAGUAUAUCUGGACAUUAAUUAUUAUUUUUUUUACUUAUGUUAUGCAUUUAAAAACUGUCUCUUUUAAAUAGUUAAUUUAGUCACAAGUGUAUUAUUAAUUUUAAAAUAUAUAGUAUUUCCCAUAUAAACUUGUGUAAAUAUAACUAGCAUGUUUACGUUUUAGUC